AUGUCCUCUACGACCGAGAUAGCUUCUUCAUUUAUUCAAGACGCCCCUCCUGGCGAGCUUCAGGAUGUAGUAAAAGACAUCCAAUCCCUCACUUCCGACACAGAUCCAUUUCUUCUCUCGCGAUUGAAGCCAGCAUUCCAGAAGUACAACGAAGAGCAAUUAGCGACUGCUGAAUUACCAGCCAGGACGGAACCAGUGAGAUCAAUUUUCUCUCCAAGCAGUUGCGGACACUACACUGACAUGUCGAGCGCAAAGGUCAUUAUAAGCAAAUACAACCGGCUGCCAGACGGACGCUACUUUGACAGCGAAAGCAACACCUCUUUCGACUUCGACCAUGUCACGCAAAAAGCCUCGAACCCUCAACCCUACACCCACCCAUCACCCCACCGCGAUCUGAUCGCCUCGCUCCAGAUGUGCAUCUCCAACUACGCGCACGAACACUACGCCUCACCGGCCACUGGCGUCUACCCGACCACGGCUCCCUCAGACUCAGACUCAGACCCAGACCCAGACUCCAACUCCUCCACCCUCGCCCUCCUCCUCGUCUCGAACAGAUACUCACCCAGCAAUUUCUGGAGCGGGCGGUGGCGGUCAACCUACGUCUUCUCGCCCCGCACGCACGACCAUCACGGUGCACUACUACGAAGACGGCAACGUCAGCCUGACCACGCGCAAGCCCGUGCACGUGGCCCUCUUCGCACCACCGGCAUCCUCCUCCUCCGACCCGGCCACCCGCCGCGGCGGAAAAGGCGUAUCAGAUCGAGGUGA